CACUUGAGCAGUUUCCAGGAUCUGUGGUGAAUCCAUUGAAUGGCCGCCACACACGUACUCCGGCCACCAGGUCUUUGUCCGCGCAAUCUGCAGGCAUUAUUGGCUGGACUGAAGCCCUUUUGUUCUCUAUGACUAUAAGAGGCGAGGGGGUUGAACUCCCCUCGCUUCUCCAACCCAGUUUGAAUGUUCACCUGAAUCAUCAAGAUGCGACGCGCAUCACUCCAAGAACUGCAUACUCAUUCCUAUCUCUCUACCAGCACACCACCAAUGCCAACAAAAACUGUCUUCAAGGGUUCCACCCUCCGCAUUUCUCGAUCCCCAGCUAAUUCCCCUUUAUCAAGCCCAAGGCGAUUCACCCCGUCUUCAACCACUAUUCCUCUUCCUUCACCUUUAGCCUCACGGAACUCCACUAGACUAUCAGUCCCGUACCCGAGCCAUAGAAGCCAAACUUCUUCCCCCGCGCUUUCAAGCUUCUCGAUUCUUCAUACGCCAAGCACUUCUUAUCUCUCCAUUUUCGCUCCUGCCCCCUCGGCUACCUCCAUUUAUUCCAGUUUCGCACCAUCGUUCGAGACACAGAAUGCUCUCGGAUUGAUUGGCAUCCAUGUCCCCCCGGUGAUGAUCAAUGUCGCCCAUGCCUUCAAAACACGGAUGAUGGAUGUAGAACGACAGCUUUCUCCACUGGACGCGUUGAUCGAAGAGGUCUGCCAUGGGGCCGUCUUGGAUGAGCUCUCAGAGGAGGAAUUUUUGGACGAUUCUUGGGUCCAUUCUCUUCUUAUUGCCCGGGCCGGGUUCAAGGUACUCCAAGAGACAUUGGGAGAAAUUGAUCGGUUCUCCACUGAUGACACUACGUUAUCUGACAAACUGGAGGAGUUAAGCGAUCAAAUCGUGUCCCUACAAAUCGCUAUGGAUCAUUUUUAUCGUGAUGCCCAUACAAAAUGGUGGCCACGGGUUCCUGAACCUCCGGAAUCGAUACAGAUAGUUUCCGCACUUGUUCAAUGCCUAUAUAUAAAACCCAUUCCGGGCACCUUAGUCGCCGCGAUUCCCGAUCUCUCGGAGCGUAUGGCCUCCGAUGUGAAGAAAUUACAAGGUGCUGCAAACGAGUCAGCAACUCAGACCCAUGAGCUGCAAUUCACGGCAAAGGAAUGGGGAGAUGGUGAUGUCAGCUUUCACGUACCCCGCAAAAUAGCCCUUUUAUCCAAACCGUACGGUGAUUAUGAUUCAUUUCCGAUUUCCCAAUUAGACCCGUUGUCACCUGAGGACGUCGUUCGUGCUUAGUCGAUCAUUCGUCGAUGAUAGCAGUGAUAUUGCGAUUUUAAUGAUCUUAGUAAUGCUGUUUACCUAUGUCCGUAGAUAAUAUACCCGCUGUGUGACUUCC